UUCUCGGUUUUUAGAGCAAGAAAAGGACACUCCCGCCGGCCAUUUCCCUGCUUCCAAGUUGCAUUCAUUGAAACCAACGCUCGCUGUCUCCUCCCUCUUAUCUUCCCUGCAAUGUGCCCCCAUAUAUAAACAGAUUCAUAGAGUUUUAACAUCAUCAAACUCAGCAGACUUCUCAAAGUUAAGCUUUCUAAAGCAACCAACAAUGGCUGCUCGUUACCAUUUACGAUCAAUCAGUCUACCCUCCAGAUCCCAUCCCACCACUCUCAGAAUCGAAGAGCAACUGAGCAAGUUGAAGGCAUUGGAGAGCUCAUCUCCUUCAACCUCCAAGUCAAUCUGCAAUGGCCUGCAGGGACUGGACGAUUUAUACGCUUGUAUGGACGAGCUUCUCCACAUGGCUUCCACCAAACAGGUUUUAUCGAGCCACCAGAACAGGGAAUUGGUGGACGAAUUGGUCGAAGGAUUCAUAAAGCUUUUAGACACCUGCGGCAAAACAAGAGACAUGAUAUUGCAAAUACAGGAACAAGCACAAGCUCUGCAAUCCGCCCUUCGUAGAAGAAAGGGAGAUUUGAGCAUCAGAAACGCCAUCGCUAAUUACACUAACCUGAGAAAGAAGAUGAAAAAGGAGGCACUGAAAUUGAUAUCAUCAACCAAGCAAAUGGACGAGAAAAUCGGAUCAAGUCAUCUGAUGAAUCAAGAUCUCCAUCUCUACGCCGUGAAUCGAGCUCUAAAAGAAUCCUGUUUCUUUACCAUUUCCAUCUUCGCAUCCCUCUUGUCGUUCGUCGCGAUUCAAUCAGUGAAAUCGAAGCCAAACCGGUGGGCAUUAGUCUCGAAAGUUCUGAUGCGAAGGGGAGCGAUAGCGAGCGAAGAAAACAACCAAAUCAGCAAUGAAUUGGAUGAUGUGGAUGCCGCAAUAGAUACUCUCGGCAAUGGCGUCGACGCCGACAAUCUGCAAUCGGCGCGAAGAAGCUUAGAGGGAUUAGAAAUGGGCAUGGAAGGGUUUGAGAACGGAUUGAAAGGGAUUUUCCGGCAGAUGAUCAGAGCCAGAGCAUGUCUCUUGAAUUUAAUUUCUCAAUAAGAGGAAUUUACAAUUUUACCCCUCUUCCAAGGUUCC